AUGGCGGCGGCCGCGCUGCUGAGGCGGGCGGGAKGUGACAGGAUCUACCUGUCGUGGCGGGUGUCGCUCCGCCAGCGCAGCACUUUCGAUGUGGYCGUGGUGGGCGCGGGGAUCGUGGGGCUGGCGUCGGCCCGCGAGCUGGUCCUGCGGCACCCGGCGCUGCGCUUCGUCGUGCUGGAGAAGGAGACGGAGCUGGCGCAUCACCAGAGUGGACAUAACAGCGGUGUGAUUCACAGUGGGAUUUACUACAUGCCGGGAUCACUGAAAGCCAAGCUGUGUGUGCAGGGGGCAGCCCUUUGCUACGAGUACUGUGACCAGAAGGGGAUUCCCUAUAAACGGUGUGGGAAGCUAAUUGUAGCUGUUGAACAMGAAGAAAUUCCAAGACUCAAAGCUCUAUAUGAAAGAGGACUGCAGAACAAUGUCCGAGAUCUGAAGCUGAUCGGAGCCAAAGAAAUAAAAGCAAAAGAACCCUUCUGCAGGGGUCUAAUGGCCCUUGAUUCUCCAUAUACUGGCAUUGUGAAUUACAAGCAAGUGGCCCAGUCCUACGCUGAAGACUUCAGGGAGGCAGGUGGGACAAUCCUGACUGAUUUUGAAGUGACAAACAUGGAGAUGGCUAAAGAAAGUUCUUCGGAGAAUGAAGAUGGGCUGAAAUACCCAGUCAUUGUUAGGAACUCCAAGGGUGAGGAGAUCUCCUGUCAACACGUUGUGACCUGUGCGGGACUCUACUCGGACCGCUUGUCCGAAAUAAGCGGCUGCAGCCCUGAACCUCGUAUCGUGCCCUUCCGUGGAGAUUAUUUGGUGCUAAAACCAGAGAAGUGCUAUAUGGUUAAAGGAAACAUUUACCCAGUUCCUAAUCCUCGGUUUCCUUUCCUGGGAUUUCAUUUCACACCCAGAAUGGAUGGCAGCGUUUGGCUUGGUCCUAAUGCAGUGCUGGCCUUCAAGCGAGAGGGCUACAAAUUGCUGGACUUCAGCCCUGCGGACUUUCUGGAUGCUGUUCUGUACAGCGGGUUAUGGAAGCUGGUGCUGCGUAACCUCUCGUACGGCGUGGGCGAGAUGUACAGAGCCUGUUUCCUGAGCGCGCAGGUGAAGCAGCUGCAGAGGUUCAUCCCCGAGGUCACCGUCCAUGAUGUACUCAGGGGUCCAUCUGGAGUGAGAGCCCAAGCGUUGGACAGCGAUGGGAAUUUGGUAGAUGACUUUGUAUUUGACGGGGGCAGCGGGGACAUYGGAAGCCGAAUUCUUCACGUCAGAAAUGCCCCUUCUCCUGCUGCGACCUCCUCCCUCGCCAUUGCCAAAAUGRUUGCAGAUGAAGUGAAGCAGAGGUUUGAACUCUGAGUGACAGGUUCGGAGGGGUUUUACCUUCAUAUGGAUGAACUCUGCAGCCUCUGAUGACUUUCAAAGCUUACCAGCCUCCUGAAGAAAGGAGUUGUGAUGCCCGAUAAGAUCCGGCGCUCUACCCACAUCUGCAAGAAACAAGGAUGCGGCCGGGUCGCGCCAAGGGCUGCCUCGCUCGCCCGAACAGGGAGAGCCUUGGCCAGGCUCCCAGGACAGCUGUGGACCAAAGGUGGAGCCCGAGGAGCCACCGCCAUGGCAGGCGCUGCCCACACCGACUUCCCRUGUCUCCUCCUGGCGCUCUGUGGAGACGGGACGUUUCUCGGAGAACCCACAUGCGCGGGGAGGUUCUCUGGGUGCUCUCUGGACAUCUCUCUUUAAGUGGAUUUGGAGCAUUCAGUCUGCUGACUUGCAUUAAAUAAUGGAGAUAGAAGGAUAAGCUUAAGGGUUCUGUAAAUAGGAAAUUAGGGGCUAUAUCACAGACUGAAAACAACAUGCAGAGCCUUCUGAACAUAGUGUGUCUCAGAGCAAAGUAAGCCUGACGGAGGAUUACCAAAUCCAAGUCAAUUUAGAUAUGUGAUUCAGAUGUGUAUUCUGUACAGGCUGGUUUGUGUACAGCUGUGAAAUCAAAAUGUAUCAAAAAUGACUGGUCAUGUAUCUAACCUGAAUUUGGGAGUCAGCACUAAUCAGGAGGUAUAGUGGGUGGUGUUUUAUUCUUUUUAUUUCAUUUUUUUCCCUUUCAAUACUGGUAAUGCUGGAGCUUAUCUUUGUAGAGCAUGUUGAGCAAUCCAGUGGAAAUGGUCCUAGUAAAGGCAAUUGUGAAGGGUGGGAAGCUACAGAAACCUGUCUUAAUUGAGUCAUGUUGCACACGACUUCCUUUGAGCCAAACAGCAAUGAGUCAGGGAGGCUUCCCAUUUCCCAUGUCUGGGAAAAAGGGAGCCUCAAACAUACUGCUUCCUGCUGUGGACUCUUACUUAUACUUGAAGCAGUAUCAAGGUGCACCUGAAAGAGAAUCCGUGUUGGGAAGGCACC